GAGCCUGUUACUAGCCUACGCAGCGAGCGGCGUAGGAGCGGCACUUGAGGCCUGGAAGCGCUGCGCGGCCUCCGGGGUCGGAACCAUGAGCUCCAUUGGGACCGGGUAUGAUCUGUCAGCCUCUACGUUCUCUCCUGAUGGAAGAGUCUUUCAAGUUGAGUAUGCUAUGAAGGCUGUGGAAAACAGUAGUACAGCUAUUGGGAUCAGAUGUAAAGACGGUGUUGUGUUUGGGGUAGAAAAAUUAGUCCUUUCUAAACUUUAUGAAGAAGGCUCCAAUAAACGACUUUUUAAUGUUGAUCGACAUGUUGGAAUGGCAGUUGCAGGUCUGCUGGCAGAUGCUCGUUCCUUAGCAGACAUAGCAAGAGAAGAAGCAUCCAACUUUAGAUCUAACUUUGGCUAUAACAUUCCUCUAAAACAUCUUGCAGACAGAGUGGCCAUGUAUGUACACGCUUAUACACUCUACAGUGCUGUUAGACCUUUUGGCUGCAGUUUCAUGUUAGGGUCUUACAGUUCGAAUGAUGGUGCACAGCUUUAUAUGAUUGAUCCCUCGGGUGUUUCAUAUGGUUAUUGGGGCUGUGCCAUUGGCAAAGCCAGGCAAGCUGCAAAGACAGAAAUAGAAAAGCUUCAGAUGAAAGAAAUGACUUGCCGUGAUGUAGUUAAAGAAGUUGCAAAAAUAAUUUAUAUAGUACAUGAUGAAGUUAAGGACAAAGCUUUUGAACUAGAGCUCAGCUGGGUUGGUGAAUUAACUAAAGGAAGACAUGAAAUUGUUCCAAAAGAUAUAAGGGAGGAAGCAGAAAAAUAUGCCAAGGAAUCUUUGAAGGAAGAAGAUGAAUCCGAUGAUGAUAAUAUGUAAUAUUUUCUUCUUCAUCUCUUCUGUUUUACAUUUUUGUGACAGUUUCAUAUUACUAGCACCAUGGAUCAUAUAUACCCACUGAUCAAUUUUCAUUAAAUUUUUGUCUUAUAAACAUU